GAGCGAAGAACCGACUAGAAUGCUCGCGCUUUUUACCUUGCGCGCACUAACUCACGGAGGCUACCCGAGCAACUAACAGACAACAUUUGAUCUGUGGGAAAUAUUACAAGAAUGUAAUGUUCCAGAAAAGCGGAAACAAAACGGGAAAGUCUCGGUGAAAGUGAGAAUUGGGGAUAUGAAGUUUCAAGCCGCAAUUUAUAGCCUAAGUACCCUGAAUGGAAGGCUCAUUACCAUUUCAGUUGGAGCGACGGUUCAGGAAAUGAACACAUUUUUGGAGGAAACUCUAUUGAUAUCAUCAUAAUUCUUUCUACCGAAAUUGAUCACAAUAAACACUUGAGAUGGAGAGUCGGAUUUUGUUUACUUGCAUACUGGUUGGAAUGUUCCUGCGGAAAUCAUGUGGUCAAAACUCAGCAACUGAAGAAGUGUUGAACUGCUGUGAGGGCGACAUUCUCUUCCUAUUGGACUCCUCGGGCAGCGUCUCAUCCUAUGAGUACUCCCGCAUGCUGGGCUUCCUGUCCGAGCUCCUCCUCCCCUUCUCAUUGGGCGAGGACCAGGUGAGGGUGGGGCUACUGCAGGUGGGCACCCAACCCCGCCUCGAGUUUGGCUUUGACGCCCACAAUACCCAAUCUGGCCUCCAGGAGGCACUGGGGAACACCAAGGCUCUGAGGGGCGACACCAAUACAGAGGAGGCCCUCAGGAUGGCCAAGGACUGGGUGCUGAAGCCUGGAGGGGCCGGGGGGGCCAGGACAGAGCUACCCAGGGUUCUAGUGUGGCUGACGGACGGGGUGAAGCCGGGUGAUGUGAUUGGACCAAUGGAGGAGCUGAGAGAGGAGGGCGUGGCCGUUCUGGUGAUCUCCACGGGCCACGGGAACUACCAGGUGCUGCGGCAGGUGGUCACCCCACCUGUGGAGUCACACCUGUACUUUGUGGACAUCGACGAUAUGAGUAUCAUCACCGAGGACCUGAGGGAUGCCAUUAUUGAGAUCCUCUGGGCUGAACGGCUCCAGGUGCGAGAUGUGUCCACAGACAGCGCUGUGCUGCAGUGGCGACCGGUUUUGGCCGGUUUGACCGGCUAUUAUGACAUCCGGUUUGGACCGGCUCCCAGUGGGGGAGUGGUUGGAGGAGGAGCAGGGGGGCCUGGUACCAGCCCCAGUACCAGCGGUGGCCAGUACCAGAGACUCACCCGGCCAGGGGACUCUAGCACGGCCAGGCUGACGGGACUAAAGCCAGACACCACCUACACAGCCACACUGACUCCUGAGUCCAACCUGCAGGUGCUCAACCCCCUCUCCGUCACCUUCACCACUAAGCCAGAGGUGUUGAGCCCAGCCGUGGUGACGGUGUCUGAUUCAGAGGCCAACAGUGUGAGGGUGAGCUGGGGUCCUCUGCAGCCAGAGUCUGUCCAGAGCUUCCAGGUGGAGUACUCAGCGCUCCCGGGGGGGAAGCUUCACAUGACUACUGUGGGCCGGGGGCAGAACUCCACCAUGCUGACCAACCUCCAGCCAGACACCCAGUACCUGGUCACCGUGAGCGCCCGUCACUCCUAUGGCCAGGAGAGGGCCAUGUCUGUCAAAGUGUGCACUGAGGAGGUGAGGCCGGAUCUUGCAGACCUGCGGCUGACCACGGUGGGCAGUGACUCUGUGCAGGUGGACUGGAAAGCCAGCAUGGACGGCCUCAGGGGCUACUGGCUCACCUGGGAGGGACAGGACGGCCACGGCUCUACCACAGCCCAGCGCUCCUCCUUCUACCUGCCCCCCAACUUACUGUCCACACGUCUGACACACCUGCCCCCCGCCACCAGAGUGUGUGUGUCGCCUGUAUACCGGACGACACGCGGGAAGGGCCUCUGCUGCACGGCCCAGCUUUAUUCAGAUGCAUCGGCUUGGGGCCACAGAUCAUAACAUUGCUGAGUUUAACAGGCACUGUACUAUGGCAAGGAUGGAGGGAGGAAGGAGAAGAACAGAUAGAAGAACAAUACAUCUGAACUUGCAUCCCUCUCUCAGUUCAUUCUAUCCUCUCUGGACAUCAUCCACAAUACACGAGGCCUUUGGCUUACAAAGCACUUGUGUUUAAUAGAUACUGAUACAAUACAUAUAGGCUUACUGUACUAUAAAACUGUUGCUCUAUUAGUCAGCACCCUAACUGAACUGUGGGUUGCAAUCUUCUGCAAUGCAGACAUCUUGAUUUUCACAUAUUGCCUAAAACCUGUAAUCACACUUAAAACAUUUGUUUGUUUGACUGUUUGUUUUUGAUAUGAUCUUAAGAUAGAGGUUGGCCAAGCAUAGCAGUCUAGAUCAAGCUAAUUCUGGUUUGCGGUAUCAUACAAGAUGUAGUUUUAAUCAAAAAGAUUAACGUACAGUAACACAUUUUUCGAGYGCACAGAGAGCAACUAUGCAAUAUACUUUCAAUGUUUCCCAAGGCACCCACCCCUAAUAUUUUGUAACAUUGAAUACAUGUGUGCGCAAACUCAGCUUAGACUUUAAUUGAAGGGCAAGUGAACACAGAACCCUUAAUAACAGAGAGGAACUCCUUUGAACUAAUUACAAAUCCCAAACAGAUUCUCUAUGUGGCUACACUGAUAAAACUACGGACAGAUGUUCUACUAGUGAGAUGUUGCAGAUGUGUUUUUGAUAAAGAAUGGUCACACUGAUAUUUUCCAGGAUUGUUUUGACUCAUCAUCACCAACACUUAAACAUGGAUGUAUUGGCAAACUGUUACAUUGGAUGAUGCUGUAUUCAGUCAUACAGGUUGGCCAUUGAACCAGGGGGCAUACAGUGGGUAUCAUAAGUAUUCAUACCCCUUGACUUUUUCCACAUUUUGUUGUGUUACAAAGUGGGAUUAAAA